GGAUGACGUCGUCGGCGCGUGCCCGGGUAGCCCGUAGUAACCCGGAGCCCGCCGAAGUGGAGCCCCCGGGGCAGGCGGCCGAGACAGAGCUGAAACUUGUGGAUAUAUAACUUGGGACAGCAGGUGCUUGUUGUCUUCUUGGUAAGCAGCCAUUUCUGAAUCUGGAAGAUUGAAGCCGACAGGAAGCCCUGUUAGAUUUCAGCAAAGCUGUCAAACCACAGGCUUCACUAUGGAUGUAAAACUGGACCCUUCCCGAGAUGAUCUGCCUCUCAUGGCCAACACCAGCCACAUGCUUGUGAAGCACUAUGUACUGGAUUUACAGGUGGAUUUUGAACACCAAGUCAUUGAGGGCAUCAUAGUGCUUUUCCUUGAGGAUGAAAACAAAUUCAAGAAACCGACAAGUUCCCUCAAGGCAACUUCCCAGUCAGAGCCAAAGGAAGCUUACAGAUGUAGGACACCUGAACCCUGCCAGAUUCCUGGGAUCCAUGAAAGGACCUUCUCUUCUAAAAUGGGGUGUAGUAAAUUUGGAAUUUAUGGUAAAGGUGAUAAAGAUACUUCUGAUAAGGGUGGUAACCAUGACAACCAGGAACAGACCUCUGGCAUCUCCUGCUCAAAGUACUGCUGUGACACAGGGAAUUAUGGGAGAGAGGAUUUUUUGCUAGUGCUGGACUGCUGUGAUUUAUCUGUGUUAAAGGUUGAGGAGGUGGAUGUUGCUGCUGUGUCAGGUAUUGAGACAUUUGCAAGGUCUCCCAAGUUCACGCUUGCCCCCGAGGAGCUCAGGAAUGAGAUCGUUGGUGAACUUGUGACCCUGCCUGCAGAUCGGUGGAGGGAGCAGUUAGACUAUUAUGAUCGCUGCAGCCAGGCUCCUGGUUGUGGGGAGCUCCUCUUUGACACAGACACUUGGAGCUUACAGAUCAGGAAGACAGGGGCUCAGACAGCUGCCGGCUUUCCUCAUGCCAUCAGGAUAUGGUACAAAACUAAACCCGAGGGGCAGUCAGUUACUUGGACCUCAGACCAGAGUGGCAGGCCAUGUGUUUAUACUAUGGGGUCCCCCAUAAACAACAGAGCCCUCUUUCCAUGCCAGGAGCCACCCGUUGCCAUGUCAACAUGGCAGGCUACCGUUCGAGCAGCUGCAUCUUUUGUUGUUUUAAUGAGUGGGGAAAAUUCUGCCAAGCCAUCACAGCUCCGGGAAGGGUGCUUCAGUUGGCAUUACUAUGUGACCAUGCCGAUGCCAGCCUCCACCUUCACAAUUGCAGUGGGAUGCUGGACAGAAGUGAAACCCAAGACAUGCCCAUCAAAUGACCUGGUGACAGAGAGACCCCUCCCACCUGCUAAGGCUGACUGCAGGUAUGUUGACAUUUGUGGUCACCUGGAGUACUCCUGCCACUUCCAAAAUGCCUCUGCCACCCUCCAAGAGAUUGUUCCUCACCGAGUCUUUGCCCCAGUGUGCCUUGAGGGUACCUGCCAAGAGAUCCUUCUGCAGCUGAUCCCUGCUUGCCUGUCAGCUGCACAUUCUGUCUUAGGAACACACCCCUUCUCCCGUCUAGAUAUACUCAUCGUCCCAGCUAACUUUCCAAGCCUGGGGAUGGCAAGCCCACACAUCAUCUUCCUCUCUCAGAGCACCUUAACAGGCACAAGCCAUCUCUGUGGGACCCGUCUCUGCCAUGAAAUUGCACAUGCCUGGUUUGGUCUAGCCAUUGGAGCCCGUGACUGGUCAGAGGAAUGGCUCAGUGAAGGGUUCGCCACUCACUUGGAAGAUAUAUUCUGGGCUAAAGCACAGCAGCUGGCUUCCCAUGAGGCCCAGGAGCAACAAGAGCUGAAGGCCUGCCUGCGCUGGCAUCGCCUCCAGGAUGAGCUGCAGAACUCUCCAGUGGAGAUGCAGGUGUUAAGACCCAACAAGGAGAACACUGGCCAUGUGAGUGAUUCAGGAGCAUCUGUCGUCAAGCAUGGACUCAAUCCAGAGAAGGGCUUCAUGCAGGUUCACUACCUAAAGGGCUACUUCCUUCUUCGGUUCCUUGCCAAAAGACUUGGAGAUGAAACCUAUUUUUCAUUUUUAAGAAAAUUUGUGCACAAGUUUCAUGGGCAGUUAAUUCUUUCCCAGGAUUUUCUUCAAAUGCUAUUGGAGAACAUCCCAGAAGAAAAAAGGCUUGAGCUGUCUGUUGAAAACAUCAUUGAAGAAUGGCUUGAAAGUUCUGGAAUACCUAAGCCGCUGCAGCAGGAGCGCGAGGACGGCGCGCGGAGCGAGCUCGCGCGGAAAGUGGACGCCGAGGUCACGAAAUGGAUUCAAGUGAAUCGGAGACCACGAAAACGGAAACGAGGGAAGCAAGAAGUGUUUGAAAAGCUUCUUCCAGACCAGCUGAUCUUGCUUCUGGAGCAUCUCUUAAAGCAGAAGACUCUGAGUCCCCGAACUCUGCAGAGCCUGCAGCAGACUUACGGUCUCCACAAACAAGAUGCAGAGGUUCGUCAUCGGUGGUGUGAACUGGUCGUUAAGCACAAGUACACAAAAGCAUACAAGCAUGUGGAGAGAUUCCUGCAGGAGGACCAGGCCAUGGGUGUGUACCUGUAUGGAGAGCUGAUGGUGAGUGAGGAUGCCAGGCAGCAGCAGCUGGCCCACCACUGCUUUGAGCUCACCAAGGAGCAGAUGGAUAAGUCCUCAGCCCAGGUGGUGGCCGAAAUGCUAUUUUAAAGAGGACAGAUCACAGUGCGAUUCUCUUUCAUAUGCUUCCUUGACCCUGGACAUCAAAGGAAGGAUUAUGUGACUGCUAAAGCCAUCUGCCAGCAUCUUGGGCUUCUCUUUCCCAGAAGCUAGGAGCCUCAUAAACACAAGGUUCCACCUGACAGUUGUCUGGCUGCCUUUGUCUGCUGUCCUCAAGAUUGAGCCUGCACUGGAGUUGUGUUGAUUUUAAGGCCUUUAUCCAUAGAAAUUAUGAAAUAUAUCCAAAAUGCAUUCCAAAACUGGCUGCACAUAGCUGUUUCUGUGAUUCCAGAAACUCACACCUGCUACAUUAUGGGGACAUGAGGUCUCUGUGGCUAAUCCUUUAAGGGUUCAACAGCAUUCUUUUCCUUGAUAUGUUCAAUAUAUAGAGCUUUCUAAAACAUUUUGUAAAAUGACAGACAAACCUUAGUUGUAUUAAUAAAAUGUAACAGAUUUGUUUGUUCUA